UUACAACAUUUUAAUCACGUUCCAUAAUCCCACAGACCAAUCAACACAAUGCUUGAGAACUUCGGCCAUAAAGUACCGAUGGAAAUCCAUGAGACGAAUACUGAGGCAAGUCAAACAACACAAGUCGCUACGUGCGUGGCUGAUCAAGAUUGUUCAUUGGCAGGAAGUGAUUGUGAUGAGAAUACGAAGUCUCGACCCAAAGGCGCCGAACAACGCGACGACUCGACCGACCCGACUGUUACGUCACAAGCGGAGGGUAGCGAUACCGGGAAUUCACCUGUUUAUACGAAAGUGAAUUUGGAGUCGAGGAAGAGUCACGUGACAGCGAGUGCUGGUUCUGAAGAGGUCUCAGUUUAUCAUAAACUUGAUUAUGUGACGGGGGAUGUGGCGACUAGUAGAGUUAGCUUUGUACGAAAGUCACCGGGACCGGAACGGAAUAAAUCUGUUGAUUAUUUUCAUGAAGUUUUAUUGCGUUGGGGACCAAAGCUCCCCGAAGAUGGUGACUACGAUCACCUCGAUAGCGACUUUAGCGGCCGUUUCAGGAUCACGCACAAAUUGAGACGACCAACUGACGUCAACGGGAAAUCCCCAGAGGAGGAACACAAAUCAAAACCGACGGUAAAAAGUAGAAGUUUGUUCAAUGUUGGGAACAGUAAUAAGAAAGAGAAGCCAAGAUUAAAGAAAACGACGAUUUAAUGACGUUGUUGAUAAAUAAAUGAACAGUUUUAUCGAAUGUUUUAAUCGUACACCUUCUUUGAAAUAAAAUAUCAAAUGUGUGAUUUCAGGUUAUUUGAUUACGAAGUUUUAAAUAACCUUAACAAAACGUGUAUUAGCAUGGGAGUGGCAACCAUGGAUAAGUCACUCAAAUUUUAAUUCAUAGAGAACUAAACGACCAAACCAACCAAAAGUCAGGUCUGCUUAUCCACACACUGCAAUAGCUUUAGCAACUUGACUGUGGGCAUGUGAGUGGCAACCAUAGAUAAGUCACUAUAGUUGUAAAUAACUGGACCAACCAAAAGGUUUUUAAAAAAUAAAACCUUUACUUUAGAAAACUUAGUAAACCACAUAAACCAAACUAUUACAUGAAAGUUUUGUAUUUUGAUAUCAAAGCAAUUAUACAAUAUAUACAACAGAGUGAAACUGUAAUGGGGGCCAGCGUAUACAAGAUACAAAGAUAAGCAAGCGACUAUUUACAGCAUAAAAAUAUUAACAAAUAUACAAUAAUGUACAGGUUUCUUCUACAUGGCUUUUGGUUAACUAGUUUGAUAUUUCUUUCAAAAAUGCUUUCCAGUUUUGGAGUUUUAGAAAUGGCGGAAGACUUUUGUAAUGUUGUGUCGUGGAAUUCCUGAUGGCAUUUUUAAUUUUCUGAUGACGUAUUUAAUUUUCUGAUGACGUAUUUUUAAUUGCUCAGGACGUUGUUUCUUUUCAUUGUUACGCUUGAUCUUAGAUAGAUUGUGACAUCAUAAAUCCAUUGUUUUGAAAUAUCCCAUCCAAUUGUUACGUCAUAUAGAUAUCAUUGUGACAUGAGAUUCCAAACUCGAUGUGAAGAAAUCACAACAGCGAGUUUUAUUUAUAAGAUUUCGCGAAACUUUUUGUUUGUUACGUCACAGUUCGCACCAAUGCUACAUGUUUGUUUAUAAGAUUUCAAUGUUUAUGUUCGUCGCGAUGUUCAAACAGCUUCUGUGACGUCACAGAAGCGACCGCUUUGAAGCGCGAUCGCUUCGCCAUAUUUGGAUAAAGUAUAAACGUGUUUCCAAUUGUUAGGAACACCAUAGACAAUUGUUAUUGUUCUGAUAAUUGGAAUCGGCAAAUCUCGGUGACCUCGAUUCGACUAUGACGUCACAGACGGUAAUUGGAAAUCGCCGUUUAGGGGAAAACAAAAUUUCGUGGUUUAGAAUUCGAGUUUUAGUUGAUAUUCGAGACAAGCAUUAUUAUUCUAUUAUGACGUCACUAAAAC